GCUGUGAACAAACUCCGUGAUCCGUCAGCAGACCGCGCAGAAACGGAGUUGCUCCAGCUGAUCGUGUCAGCAUCCAGUACCACGCGCGCGCACACUCACACGUGCGCGUCCAACUCGCCGGCACUCAUACGUGCAGGCACCAACACAGGGGCGCUUACCCCACCAUCCUCGUUCGUGAGAGCGUAGCAGCGGACCGGCCGAUAAAAUGAAUGAGAAUGAUAAGUCAGUUAAGUGCGAGAACUCCGCCGAGGAGGAGGAGGACGAGAUGUACGAGCGCGAGCUGGCCGAAGACGCGCAGUGGAAGAGGAUCCAGCAGAACACCUUCACGAGAUGGGCGAACGAACGACUGAAGGCGGUGAACAGGCACAUUGGCGACCUGGAAUGCGACCUGUCCGAUGGUCUCCGACUGGUGAGCCUGAUCGAGGUGCUCGCGCAAAAGCGGCUGCCGAAACACAACCAGCGGCCCACAUUCCGCUCUCAAAAAUUGGAGAACGUGUCGGUCGCUCUUAAGUUCCUGGAGGACGAGGGCAUCAGGAUCGUCAAUAUCGACUCUUCGGACAUCGUCGAUUGCAAGUUGAAGUUGAUCCUCGGCCUGAUAUGGACCCUAAUCCUGCACUACUCGAUCUCCAUGCCCAUGUGGGAGGGCGACGAUGGGGAGGACAAAGGCGCCACUCCGAAGCAAAGACUGAUGCACUGGAUCCAGUCGAAAGUCCCGGAUCUACCGAUCACGAACUUCACCUCCGAUUGGAACGACGGACGUGCGGUGGGUGCACUCGUUGACGCGGUCGCACCAGGUCUCUGCCCGGACUGGCAGGAUUGGAACCCGAAGGAUGCGAUCCAGAAUGCAUCCGAGGCGAUGGGCCUCGCCGAUGAUUGGCUCAAUAUUCCUCAGCUCAUUAAACCCGAGGAGAUGGUGAACCCAAACAUCGACGAAAUGUCAAUGAUGACAUACCUGUCGCAGUACCCCAACGCGAAAUUAAAGCCAGGUGCACCUCUACGUCCCCGCACAAAUCCAAACAACAUCCCGCCGCCGCGAGUGCGCGCUUAUGGUCCCGGUAUAGAGCCAACUGGUCCAAUAGUCGGUGCACCGGCCAACUUUACCGUGGAAACCUUCUCCGCUGGCAAGGGCAAUGUUGACGUCACCGUCGAUGAUCCUAAAGGGAAUAAGCUACCGGUCGAUAUCAGAUUUAACAAGGACAGGAACCUGACGUACUCAGUGUCGUAUACUCCAAAGACUGAGGGUCCGCACAAGGUAAAAGUGCUCUUCGCUGGCCGAGGGAUCCCAAAGAGUCCGUAUACUGUUAAUGUCGAAGGGCACGCUGGCGAUCCCAAUAAAGUCACAGCGAGCGGACCAGGUCUGCAACCGGAAGGCGUCGUGGUGAACAGACCUACGUUCUUCGACAUCUUCACGAAGGAUGCCGGCCGUGGUGUGCCCGAAGUCAUCAUCUUGGAUCCGCAGGGUAGCAAAACCGCGGUGCCGGUGAAGCUGCGCCAGACCUCGCCGGACGUGUGGAGAUGCGAGUACGUGUCGCCAGUGACGGGUCUGCAUUCCGUCAACAUUUUCUUCGCCGGCAAGCCCAUACCCGGAAGCCCCAUUGGUGUAAACAUCGCGCCGGUUUCCGACGCGAAAAAAUGUAGAGCGUACGGACGGGGAUUGCUGCCUACCGGUGUCCGCGUCCAGGAUGUCGCCGACUUCGUCGUUGUCACUAAGGAUGCCGGUGAAGGCGUGCCGGAAAUCCGCGUGAUCGCUCCGGGAGGCGUCAAUCGGCCGGUGCAAAUGUCAUCAGUUGAUGCUACGACUUACAAGUGCCAUUACACGCCCGUUAAGGAAGGCCGUCAUGUGGUGAUGAUCACGUACGGCGGCAAGGAGAUUCCCAAGUCGCCGUUCGAGGUCAACGUCGGGCCUUACAAGGAAUCUAACAUCAGGGCCUUCGGGCCGGGCCUGCACGGCGGCGUCGUCGGCCACCCAGCGAAGUUCACGGUGGACACGAACGGUGAGACCGGUGCCCUCGGUUUCUCCAUCGAAGGCCCGUCCAAGGCGAAAAUCGAGUGCAACGACAAUGGGGACGGAACCGCUGACGUUUCUUACUUGCCCACUGCACCGGGCCAGUACGCGGUUCACAUUCUCUGUGAUAACGAGGACAUCCCCAAAUCACCUUACUUCGCGACUAUCUCACCGAAGGCUGACUUUGAUCCGGAGAAGGUUGAGGUUCACGGACCAGGAAUUCAGCCAGAAGGUGUUGCUAAGGACAAACCGACGCAUUUCACAGUAGACGCAAGAAAAGCCGGUCUAGCAGGUCUGCAAAUUGCCAUCCAAGAUGCUCUUGGGAGAGAAGUUCCGUACAGAUUAGACGACAAGCGGGAUGGAACUGUACAAGUGCACUAUACACCUACAUCAUCAUCCCAACACGUUGUAAUGGUGAACUAUGGCGGCGUGGCGACGAAGAAAUCUCCAUACCGAGUUAAAAUAGCUUCACCCUUGAAUCCUGCUAUGGUUUCCGCUUUUGGUCCCGGUAUUGAAAAAGGCGUAAAGUCAAACACUCCUACACAUUUUAACGUUGACUGUCGGGAGGCUGGACCCGGUAAAUUGGACGUUAAACUACAAAGUCCAGAAAGCCGAGAACUUCCGAUUACUCUGACGGAUAACGAGGACGGCACAUACACCGUGGACUAUAUGCCACCUCAACCAGGAACGUACACGGUGAAUUUGAAUUACGGCGGUCUGAAGGUACCACAGUGCCCGAUUAAGGUCAACGUUCAGCCUCAUGUGGACGUAUCUAAAGUUAAAGUGGAUGGUCUGGAGCCAACGGCUCCGGUGAACAGCCUGCAGCAGUUCCGCGUGAUAACGCAGGAGGCGGGCAGGGCGGCAGAUUUCCAAGUGGCGAUCACGGCACCAUCCGGCAAUCGGGUCAAGGCGCACGUGGUGCCGACCCACGAGGGCUACCUGGUCAACUUCACGCCCACCGAGCUGGGCGAGUACCUGCUGGGCAUCAGCUUUGGCGGCGAGCCGAUCUCCAAUCAGCCCUACCGACUCACCUGCGUCCACGGCUCCGACCCGGGCAAGGUGCGAGCUUCGGGACCUGGUCUCUCUCACGGCGUGGUGAACAAGCCGGCCGAGUUCGUGAUCGACACGCGUGGUGCUGGUCAGGGUGGCCUUGGCGUGACCGUCGAGGGACCCUGCGAAGCUGCGAUAAACUGCAGGGACAACGGCGAUGGUACGUGCUCCGUCGCGUACCUGCCUACUGAAGCGGGUGACUACGGCAUCAACAUCACGUUCAACGAACAGCACGUACCAGGCUCACCCUUUCAAGCCAUCGUCGUGCCGGACGCCGAUCUGUCCAAAAUCAAAGUCAGCGGGAACGGCAUCCAGCCACACGGUCUGUACGUGAACAAACAAGCGACAUUCACGAUAGAUGCGAGGGACAUCUCGAAAUCGAAGACCGACGACGGUAAAGUGUCUUGCACCAUAAACAAUCCCAGCGGAGGGAAAACCGAGAAGCUCAUCACGCCCCAGGGCGACGGUACUUAUCGCGUCAGCUAUACUCCUUUCGAAGAGGGUUGCCACACUAUUGACAUUCUCUACGACAACGUACCCAUCCCGGGUUCGCCGUUCUCCGUGAACGUGCAACGCGGUUCCAAUCCCAGCAAAUGUCGUGCCUAUGGUCCAGGAUUGGAAAGAGGCAUUGUAAACAAGACAAAUCGCUUCACGGUGGAAACCAAAGAGGCUGGCAAUGGCGGCUUGGGUUUAUCGAUCACGGGUGACGGGGAGGUGAACGCAGAGGCCAAGGAUAACUACGACGGUUCCUGCACCGUCGAGUACGUUCCCUCGGAACCUGGUGACUACGAGAUCGGCAUCAAGUUCGCCGAACAGGACAUACCCGGGUCGCCAUUCAAGAUCGAAGUGGUGUCGGACUCGGAGGCGCAGAACGUGAUCGCUUAUGGACCCGGCUUGCAACCGGAAAUGGUGCGGGAGGGUGUACCCGCCAAGUUCACGGUGGACACAUCGAAGUGCGCGAAAGCGGCACAGCUGGACGUUAGGUUGUCGACUGACAAGGGACAAGCACAGAAGCCGCAGAUCAAGAGCAAGGGCGAUGGUCUGUACGAGGUGACGUAUCAGCCAUCGAUCGCCGGAAGUAACGUGCACGUCGGCGUGACCUACGAUGGCGAGGACAUCAACGGAAGUCCGUUCAAAAUGAAAGUUCUGCCCACGGUGGAGCCCAACAAGGUGACUCUGUCGGGUCCCGGAGUGUCGCCUGUCUGCACCGCUUCCUUCUCUACUGACUUCGUCGUGGACACCUCCAACGCCGGAUACGGCGAUCUUGAAGUUCAAGUUGUGGGACCGGAUCAAGUGCCUCGCAGAGUGGAGGUGCAGGAUCUCGGCGAUGGCAAAUACAAGGCGACCUAUUUGCCGGAUGAUUGCGGCCGCUACAAGGUCAACGUAAAAUAUGGUGGCAAGGAAGUGCCAGGCAGCCCGGUGAGCGUGCAGAGCGUCUCCACCGGCAAGGCAGAUCAAUGUAAGAUCAAAGAGGGCAUUCAGCACACCUUGGCUCAAGGCGAAGAGUAUUGCAUCACAGUGGAUACCGAGAAUGCAGGCCGCGGUGCAGUGACCUGUCGCAUCCGCUCCACUUCCGGAAGCGAAGUCGUUGACAUUGACAUAGAAGACAACGGUGAUGGCACAGUCAACAUUUACUACACUGUCGCCGAUGCAGGAGACUACACCCUUAGCAUCAAGUUUGGCGGUCAACCGGUGCCUGAUGGAUUCUACACUUUCACGGCAUCCGAGGAGUACCGGGAGCAUAGCACGCACAAAACUCAACGUGCUCGUAAGACACAGCAGAGGCAAAACCAGCACGUCGUCGAGCAACGCAGCACAACUGUACAAGAGAGUUCCACCGUCACUACAAAGCGUAGCAGUCAGCAAGAGUUAUCGAAGAAGAACUUCAACGUUAUCCGAUUGAACUCUAUCCCAUUACCUUUCGCUGGCGGCGGCACAGUUACCUCCGAAGUGAAGAUGCCUAGUGGAAACGUAGAUAAGCCAGUUAUCGAGGAUAAUCACGAUGGUACGGUAUCCAUCAAGUACGAGCCAAGGGAGGAGGGUCUUCAUGAGAUUUAUGUGAAAUUCAACGGCGAACACGUCCAGGGCUCUCCUUUUAAAUUCCACGUCGACUCCUUGGCGAGUGGAUAUGUGACAGCAUAUGGACCAGGUUUGGUUUAUGGCGUCUGCGGCGAACCUGGAAACUUCACCAUCUCGACGAAAGGUGCUGGGGCGGGCGGUCUCUCACUAGCUGUCGAAGGACCUAGCAAAGCCGAAAUAUCUUGCCACGACAAUAAGGAUGGCACUGUGUCAGUGUCUUAUCUGCCCACCGCUCCCGGAGAAUAUAAGAUCACUGUUAAAUUUGGUGACAAGCACAUCAAGGGUAGUCCUUUCGUCGCCAAAAUUACAGGCGAGGGCCGCAAGAGGAACCAGAUCUCCGUGGGUUCCUCCAGCGAGGUGCAGCUGCCCGGUAAGGUCUCUGAUGCCGACAUCAAGUCCCUGAACGCGUCAAUCACGGCGCCCAGCGGCCUGGAAGAGCCGUGCUUCCUGAAGAAAAUGCCGAGUGGUAAUAUGUGCGUGUCGUUCACACCGCGCGAAGCUGGUGAACACACAGUGGGCGUGAAGAGGAUGGGCAAGCACAUACCAAAUUCUCCGUUCAAGAUUGACGUGAAAGAUCGCGAGGUCGGCGAUGCGAAGAAGGUCAAGGUCGCCGGGCCCGGUCUGAAGGAGGGCAAGACCCACGUGGAGAACACUUUCUCGAUCGACACGAAGAACGCCGGCUUCGGCGGUCUCUCUCUGUCCAUGGAGGGUCCCAGCAAGGCCGAGAUUCAGUGUAAGGACAACGAGGACGGCACUCUGAACAUCUCAUACAAACCCACCGAACCCGGCUACUACAUCAUGAACCUGAAGUUUGCGGACCACCACGUGGAGGGCUCGCCGUUCACCGUUAAGGUCAGCGGUGAGGGCAGCAACCGACAGAGAGAGAAGAUCCAGAGACAGCGCGAGGCUGUACCUAUCACCGAGGUCGGUAGUCAGUGCAAACUGACGUUCAAGAUGCCCGGCAUUACGUCCUUCGACCUCGCCGCUACCGUUACGUCACCCGGCGGUGUCACCGAGGACGCCGAGAUCAAAGAGGCCGAGGAUGGCAUCUAUGCGGUGGCGUUUGUGCCCAAAGAGCUCGGCGUGCAUACGGUGUCGGUGCGUUACAAGGCUAUGCACAUCCCUGGUUCGCCGUUCCAGUUCACGGUGGGUCCGUUGAGAGAUGGCGGAGCCCACAGGGUUCACGCGGGUGGACCCGGCCUGGAGAGAGGAGAGCAGGGCGAGCCCUGUGAGUUUAACAUCUGGACCAGAGAGGCGGGUGCGGGCACCCUCGCCGUCUCCGUCGAGGGACCCAGUAAGGCCCGGAUAGACUUCAAGGAUCGCAAAGAUGGCAGUUGUUACGUUAGCUACGUCGUUUCUGAACCUGGCGAAUACAGGGUGGGAAUCAAGUUCAACGAUCAGCACAUUCCCGAUUCGCCGCACAAGGUUUAUGUCUCGCCGGCGAUGGGCGACGCGCACAAGCUUGAAGUCGCCCAAUUUCCUGAGGGUGGAGUGCAGCCCGACAAACCGUACACCUUCCUGGUGCGCAAGAACGGCGCCAAGGGCGAGCUAGACGCAAAGAUUGUGUCGCCAAGCGGCAUCGAGGACGACUGCUUCAUCCAGAGCAUCGACGGAGAUACGUACUCCGUGAGAUUCAUGCCGAGAGAGAAUGGCAUCCAUCAGAUUCACAUCAAGUUCAACGGGGUGCACAUAUCGGGUAGUCCAUACCGCAUCAAGGUCGGUAAGGUAGACGCUGAUCCAGCAGCACUGCACGCCUACGGCAAUGGUCUGAAGGAGAUCAAGACUGGUCAGAAGACCGAUUUUAUUAUCGAUACCUGCAACGCGGGUAGUGGCGCACUGGGUGUUACCGUGGACGGACCCAGCAAGGUCGCCAUGGACUGUACUGAGGUCGAGGAGGGCUACAAGGUCAGGUACACGCCGUUGGUACCGGGUGAUUACUACAUCAGUAUCAAGUACAAUGGCUACCACAUCGUGGGCUCGCCGUACAAGGUUCAUUGCACAGGUGCGGAUCUGGCGGAGAGAGGCGCACAAGAGACGAGCUCGAUUGUUGUGGAAACCGUGCAGAAAAUAUCGAAAGCCAAGCAGACUGGACCGGUAUUGCCAUUAUUCAAAUCCAACGCGAACAAAGUGACGAGCAAAGGCAUGGGUCUUAAGAAAGCGUACUUAGGAAAGCAAAAUCAGUUCACCGUGAACGCGGCAGAUGCUGGUAACAAUAUCCUUUAUGUGGGCGUGUACGGACCCAAAGGACCGUGCGAGGAAGUCUACGUGAAGCACACGGGCCGCAACAACUACAAUGUGAGCUACCUGGCGCGUGAGCGAGGCGAGUACAUCGUGAUCGUCAAAUGGGGCGACGAUCAUAUCCCUGGCUCGCCGUACAAGGUUGAAGUUUAAGCCGAAUCGACAUCCGAAUCAUCGUGGGGACGUCCGCAGCCGCAGCCAUGCAGAAUAGAGUCGUGCCUCGUUCCGAUGUAAACUAGACAGUCCUGUAAUUCGCCGAUAGAAACGAAUCAAGUGCCAAUCUAGAUUUUCGUCUAGUGUUCAGUGUUUCAUAUAGUUCAGUGUCAACUAUCGGCGAAAACGAGAGCUAAUCGGAAGGCGACUUGGUUUACAUCGGAACGACGCACCGCUGCGACUUCUAGAAUAGCACAGUUGUAUCCAGGAGGCAACUACAUCGACGCUGAUGAUAAAAUCGCGAUGCAACCUCUUGCCGACAUAGUUAAUUCGCUCAUCCUUCCGACGUCCUGGGGGACGAACCUGACAUCUUAGAAUUGACGAUUUUUGUUGAGCAUGAAGCAGUAGAGCCACGAGUAGGAGUGACGAGAUUUAAAACGACGAUGAAGAGAGACACACGUAGGUCAAUUACUCGUUUGUUCAAAAAAACACCGAUUGUGCCUUUGAUUCGACGCAAGUACAUUUACAAGCACACGUUUACUCGACGCACGUACACAUGCAGAGAUACAUACAAAGAUACAUACGCGAAGACGCAGUUAUGCCACCCAAGUCAGAUCCUGAUUGCAUUGCAUUAUGUUAUAUUAUCGGUUACUAAGUAUAGGUUAAAUAUACUGAAAUUCAUUAUAAUAAUAAUAAUAUAGAAGUUAAAUAAAUAAUAUAUUUAUUAUAUGGAUCCUUCGUUUACCAUCCUUACGCACGGGGGUGCGUUUCUCGUUUGGUCGAUAAGCGAGAACUGCAUGUAAGCAUAAAGCAAUAUAAAGUGAGCUUUAAUAAUUGAA